GUCAAGCUUUAGAGAAGCUAGAAAGCAAGGAAAGCUUCUCUGCAAACACCUUAAUUUUACAACUUUGUUAUUGCUUUGCAAAGAUGGGUUCACUUGAAACCAGUAAACCCCACAUUGUAAUCGUCCCAUUUCCAGCACAAGGUCAUGUUAACCCCAUGAUGCUACUUGCUAAGCUCUUACACUCCAGAGGCUUCUUCAUAACCUUUGUUAACACUCAGUUCAACCAUAGGCGUUUGGUCAGGUCCAAAGGCCCUGACUUCGUUAAAGGUCUGCCUGAUUUCCAGUUCGAAACAAUUCCGGAAGGGCUGCCAUCGUCCGAUCGAAAUGCAACACAGGAUCUUCGAGUUCUGUGUGAUUCGAUACGAAAGCAUUGCUUGGCACCAUUCGUAGAGCUACUAGCUAAGUUAAACUCCUCGCCCCAAGUGCCCACUGUUACUUGCAUAAUCUCUGAUGGACUUAUGAGCUUUGCUAUUAAGGCUGCUGAACAACUUGGCAUACCAGAAGUUCAGUUUUGGACUGCCUCAGCAUGUAGUUUCAUGGGAUAUCUUCACUUCAGUGAACUGGUUAAACGAGGCAUUAUUCCAUUCCAAAGUGAAACAUUUCUCAAUGAACCUAUUGACUGGGUCCCUGGAAUGAGUAACAUUCGCCUCAGAGAUUUUCCAAGCUUCGUCAAAGCCAACGAUCCGAAUGACAUUUUGUUUGAUUAUUUCGGAUCCGAAGCUCAAAAUUGCCUCAAAGCUUCAGCAAUAAUCUUCAACGCAUUUGAAGAGUUCGAACAUGAAGUGUUCGACGCCAUCGCUGCCAAAUUUCCUCGAAUUUAUACAAUAGGACCACUUCAUUUGCUUGCCAGGCACCUACAUGCCGAUCCCUCCAAGUCAAUGAACUCAAGCCUAUGGAAGGAAGAUACAAGCUGCAUUGAAUGGCUUAACAAAAGGGAACCCAAUUCAGUUGUGUAUGUGAACUAUGGAAGCAUUACUGUCAUGUCGGCGAAGCAUCUCAAAGAAUUUGCAUGGGGGUUGGCUAACUCUAAACACCCAUUUUUAUGGAUCGUUAGACCAGAUGUCGUGAUGGGUGAUUCUGCAAAUCUGGAUCUAGAGUUCCUGAAGGAGACUAAGGAAAGAGGGCUGAUAACAAGCUGGUGCAACCAAUAUGAGGUCCUUUCACAUCCUUCAGUCGGUGUUUUUUUGACACACUGUGGGUGGAAUUCUACCGUGGAAACCAUAUCAGGAGGUGUGCCAGUAGUUUGUUGGCCAUUUUUUGCUGAUCAACAAACCAAUUGUCGAUAUGCUUGCACUCAUUGGGGCAUUGGCAUGGAGGUGGAUCAUGAUGUGAAGCGAGAGAACAUAGAGUUUUUAGUUAAGGAAAUGAUGGAAGGUGAGGAAGGAAAGAAAAAGAAAGAGAAGGCAUUGGAAUGGAAGAAGAAAGCCGAAGAAGCGGUUGAAGUUGGGGGAUCAUCUUAUAUUGAUUUCGACAGAUUUGUUAAGGAAGCUCUCAAACAUGGUUAACUGGAAAUACUAUUGUCAGUGGGGAAUUACUUAAAUAAUGAAUGGGGAUCAUUCAAUGUCUCUAUUUCUGCUUUUUUUUUCCUUUAUAAGUGAAUGCAGUCGUGUGAGGUAUGCAUGUGAAGCUCAUAUUUAGUAUUGCUUUUGUAUUUUGCUUUGGUGAGUUGGAACAGUUAAAAAGAGAGUUGCUUGUAUAAAUAAGCUUGGUCUUUGAUUUCAGA